AUGGCUCACCGAUUUCCCAUCUUCGAUACUUGGAAGUCUUACAAAGAGCUGGAAAAGAGGUUUUUCGGGUGGCUCGUGAAAACAGCAUCUGCAAUAGAACAAGAUCUCAAGUCCCCUGGCUCUAUGUCUCGACUUGAAUACAUCAGGAGACUUACCAAGGUUGUCACUAGCGAGAAACAAGAGCUACCAAGUAACGUUCGAGACGAUCUAGCUCAAGUUAUAUCUAAACGCAAGGAGGCAGCGGAAUGGUAUGGACGUAACAACCAGGCAGAUGAAGGCCACAUGCAUUAUUUGGAAAUGUUGCAAGAGAUAUUGAAACUAUUCGAGGAUCUCUACUCCAAGGACCGAAAUGUGGCACUGGAUGAUGAGGCUAAUCGGAAAACCCAAAUUGAUUCGGAGAUCACCAACGAUGAAGGAGUCACCAACAACCAAUUCGGUAGCUUGGAGAUUGAAAGUACUAACCUAUCAUCCUCGGAUUCGGAUAGUGAUGGAGAGAUAAAUUCAACUGGCGGUCGUGCAAGAAAUUACAGAAAGCCAAAGGCAAAUAAGAAAGGAAAGAAUGCUAAAAAUCCAAAGAGUGGAAUGAUUGGAAAGAACAAAAUUGAGAUACCGAUAAAGGAACAAACCACGCGAUUAGAAGCAGAUGCUUCCGAUCCAUUCGACGAAUACAUGAGAGUUUACUUCUUUCUCAAAGGUAUAAGUACCAUGAGAACCUAUCUACUCGAACAGUGGAGCGACUACUCAAUCGAACUUCUCAGUCUAGCAAACGUCUCAUUUAUCACGAAUCUAGCAAUGGGAAUUCUCCAGAAGUCCGAGAAAGUUUUGCUUUCCAAUCUACCAAGUGGUAAACAAAGCUAUGAAAGCAUUGCAAAUAUCAUGUAUCCGGAUGUCAACAAGUUGAUGGAGAAAAUCAAAAAAGCAGGCGCCACUGACUUCAACGAAUUGAUGCAUUUCAAUGAUGAAAGUAAGGACAGCCAAGAGCAUAAUGCUGUUGUUAAAAUUGAGGACUAUCUGUGCUACACCACAUGGUCGAUACUAUCUGAAUGGCGUGGAGAUUUCUCAGUGGAUCAACACCAAAGAAUUCCUAUUCAUCGACUGGUCGCGCCGGAAGAUAACAAGAAGUUCACCUUGGAAGAUAAGAUUGAUCUUAAUCGCAACAUCUUACACGAAUUACUUUAUGAGGUCUGGCACCUCAAGAAAGAGAUGGAUAAACACGAUCGUAGGAACUAUUAUCCAGAUGAGUUCACGAAUGGUAUCCAGGAGUUUCUAAAGAAUAAAAAAAUUCCAAUAUGGUUAGUCUUCGCGGCACAGAUCAUGUGCGACAUUCGGUUCAUUCUGGGGAAGGAAGUAGUACAUUGCCACGAUGAGGCUGUUUUGUUUUCUAGUCAUAUGUUACAGCUUCUGCACAAUUACAUCAUGACAGAAAGGCUUCACAAGUUGAAUUGUUUACAUUUUGUAACGUAUGCACUUUAUAACGAUCUGUGGAGGUACAACUUGAAAGACUGGAUGAGUCCGAAUUUUGACCCUAAGUCCGAUGACUGGGAGAAGCAUCCCCCGCCAAUUUCAAAGAAAAACCAUGAGAAAUUCUCCUAUCUACGCCGGAAUCCUAUUAUGUGUGGGCUGUUGAUCUUUGGAAACACGAUAAGAUAUCAUGAAGCGGGAGUUCAUCAUGCAGCCUUUGAACCUAGUACAAUUAGCUGUAUACAUCUUUACAACGCACUUCGUCAAGAGUCGCGGAAAGAUUUGGAUGAAUAUCCCGAGUGGAAAGAUAUGGAAUUUCUCAUCUUGAUACAACCAGUGGAUCAAUUAUUCAAUCAAAGGGAUGAGCCUUCCAAUUCGAAUGACUAUGUUGUGAGCUUUGAGAAAAAGAUUCAAAAGCGAUAUCCAACAGCGCUAGGGUUGAAGCGUAUUUCGAGGCUUGCCAAAUACUUUCACCGCACUUACUGUUUUCUGAAAUAUUGUGAUCAUCAUGGGUGCUCGGCUGAUUUUAAAAGUUUGUUUAUCGCAAUGCACAGCGACAAAUUGGAUGAGCUACUACUCAGUUUGAAGACCAUCUUCCCCGGGAACCAACUUUCUCCUCCACCUUCAGAUGAGGUGCCCAGCAAUUUCUCUAACUGUAUUGAAGAUCUAAAUGACAGAAUGGAACUGGAGUUUUUAGACAAGGAACCAAGCAAAUGGAAGAAAGUUGAAUUUCUCAGAGCUAUGACUAGACUGAUGGAAAAAGAAUCCCUCUUUCUGUACUUCGAUUGGCACGGAGUUCUCGUUGCAUGCAGACAUGUGCUUAAGAGGUUGGAUGAGGAGUUCCGAUCAGAAAUCGACGGAGCGGCGUCUGGAAUUUCUCUUUUCCCCAACGCUUCAGAUUCGGGUCAGGUGAUCCAUUUCCUAUUGACACGGUUAGGAGAUUUGGUAGGGCCUGGAGCUGGCCAGGGGAAGACAAACACCUGGUGA